GUUCUGAGUAGGCAGGCGUUCUUUCUGUGUCAUAUUUGUUCUUUCACCACGAAAACAUGGCGACAUUUGUGUUGCUGAUUGAAUGACACUGAGUUUGCAUUAUUUCAGUGUAUAUUUUGUUGUUUUAGUUGUUAAAACAAAAAUUGCUUUUGCUAUUAUGUGCUCGCCAUCGCACAUUUUCGUGACUUAAGAAGUGAAUAACAAGCUAACCUUUAAUUACUUUUGGUGGAAAUUAUAAUCCAGAGUGAUAUACAUUACUAAAAAUCUAAGAAGCUGUGCAUUUAAUGGAAUAUGGAUAAGAGGUGCGGAAUUGAAAGUAGCAACAGAAGCUGGUGGUUUACUUUUGCCAUAAUAUGUCUUCUUACUGUGCUUACUAGAUUCUAUAAAGUUCAUGAACCUGAUCAUGUAUGCUGGGAUGAAACACACUUUGGAAAAAUGGGUAGUUGGUAUAUAAACAGCACAUUCUUCUUUGAUGUGCAUCCACCUCUAGGAAAGGUUUGUUGAUGGGCCUAACAACUAUUUGAGGUUUAAGAGGGCAGCUCUCUGCUAAGCUGGUUUCCCAGUUGAGCUGUACUCUGAGUAUCUCAGUGAUGCUCUACACCAGAUAUUACUUACUAUACUAGGUCUUUAAAAUUUGACUCUCACCAUUGGAAUCUUGGGAAUGGUAAGAGAUAUUAAGAGGAGUCAAAGCUGGGUAUUUAAGUAAUAAAGAAAAUGGGGGGGCAAAGACUUUUGAAUUUCAGAGCAAUUCAUUUACAUUGUCAAAACUUCUUCUACACA